ACCAUUUUUGUACAACAACAACCAAUUAGUCAAGGCAUGAAUAUAACAUUUCCAGCGGUUAUCUAUCUUGCUGUAAUUACCUAUGUCUGUGAUAAUGUGAUGGCACAGAGAGGCUUUCAUAGAGAAAUUGUAAGACGAAGACGAAGCGAACCUAAAUACAUGCCCGCACCAUGUGUUCCAACAAUGUGCCCUGCUGAAUAUGCAUUGUUAGAUAACCAAACUGCUAGUCCAAAUUGUUACUACAUCAAUGAAGGGGAUGAGAGAACCUGGUAUGAGGCUGUGACGUUCUGCAUUGGGACAACAGGAGCCAACCUUUGGAGGACAAAUAGUGAAGCAGAAGCUAAUGAGGUCAGAACGCAAUUCAAUAUCGCAAAGAGCCUCGAUCUAUGGACUGGUGCUAUUCCUGUUUCAGGUUUUUCAACAAAUGAUAAGAAAUGUAUAAUUCAAAAAUUCAGCAACGGCACAGUUCUCAAUAUGUGGACAAAUUGUGAUAUCAAACAUGAAUUUGUUUGCUUAUUAACUAAGAAAACUUGUACAUGAAAGUGUAUGUGGCUAUCGUUAAAUUGCAACUGACGAAUUUUAUGAUGAAUGAUGUGAAAGAUAAUAAAUCAGAAUCCUUUAG